AUGUUUCGAUCCGACUUUCUUACCUUCAUGAGCUCCGUCUUCGACUCCAUCUCGUCAGUCGCCCGUCUCGCAUUGGCCACGCCGCAUCCUGUGACGUGCAUCCCUUACUUCAAGGGCCACUUCCACUUCCCUCGACUCGAAUCUUUUGUCCUCAAGCCACUAGAAACUUUUUUCAAGCCUGUUCCAUACACCAAAGGAAAAAGCAAGAAGUUGAAGAAACGUGACUUUUCAGAUAUGCUCCGCGAAAUAAUUGUUGGCCAGAACAUCCUAGAGCUGUCUCAAUUCCCUGCGUUGAAGUCACUUCAGAUUGUCACCGAUGAGGACAUUGGCGACAACGCCCCCGACGCCUCCGUAAGCCAGGAGUCCUACGAGUGGUUGGAAUCCGUCCAGGAACUCACCCUACUUGGAAAAUGGCACAGAGCCUUCCCCUGCGCACAAGAUCUGCUAAAAUCAUGCAUAAACCUUCGGCGUCUCUCAUUUGGAUCUUCUCAUGUCGAAGAUGUCCCCAAUCUCUUGGAUACGCUCAAGUCCGACCCCGCUCUCUUUCCAUGCCUUUCGACGCUCGUGCUACAUAACCCAACGUUUGAUCCUGAUGACCGUAGCAACGACGGAGAGUUAGAUGACGACUCAAACAUAUUUGAAGAUGACGAGGAGAGCAGGAGGAAGACGAAGAUGCGGUUAGCUUUGGCUCCAACUGCUACGAACCAGAAGUCGUCCUCGAGCACCUCGGCGAGAUGGUGA